AGUGUUGACUCUUCUAUACAGGCACUUUCACGGGCAGCUCAUCUGUUGUAAAUAGAGGUCCUUCAAGUCCGGCGCAUGUUUUGUAUCCUCUCCUUGCAAAGCUGGCUGGGUCUUUCUGACAACUGUUAAAACACCGGUGUCUCACUGAAAUGUGGGUGUCAUGACAUGGGUUUGUGGCCUCCUUGCAUCCAUACAUUGAUUGCAUAAUUCAGGGAUGUCUCGUCCUGCUCCGUCCCCCAUCUACACCCUGAGGGGGGCUGGCGGGCCCCUCAACACCCUCCACUUUAGCUGCCAUGGAGGGGACACUCCCCUUCUAUUUUCUGGGUCAGAGAAGGGUGCAAUCCAUAUCUGGAACCUGAACACCAGGAGGGCUCAGAAGAUUGUAGAAGGUCAUUCUGGUAGCUCGGUCAUCUGGGUAAACACACGGCAGGCGACAGAUACCCUCAUCAGCAGUCAGGGACGGGACAUGCAUGUGUGUCUGUGGGAUCUGAGCGAAGGUCGUAGUGAGGUGGUGGACUCUGUGUGGACCGGCAGUGUUGGAUUCUGUCAGUGCUCCUUGCUGGAGACGAGCCCUGGGACGUGUCUGCUGGCCUUUGCUGGACAACAGACAGAGGAGAUCAAGAUUAUUGAGCUACCCAGUAAGACCCCAGUCUGCACCCUGGAACCAGAUGCUAAGCUGGGGAUGGUCAUGUGUAUCAAAUUGUGGCAGCCAGACUCUGGUCCUGGACCUCUCCUGGUGGCUGGAUAUGAAGACGGUUCCCUGUUGCUGUGGGAUGUAUCCCAGAGGUCCAAGCUGAGCCAAGCCAAAGCCCACCCUGAGCCUGUCAUGUGCCUGACCUUUGACAUCAAGCGUCUGAGGGGCAUAUCAGGCUCUUCUGAGAAGAAACUCUCCUCCUGGAUGCUGGACAGACAAAACAACCUGCAGCUCCAGGACUGUGUGAUGCUGGUCAACCCUGGGGUUUCCCAGCUGUGUAUCAGGGGGGACGGUAAGCUUCUGGCGUCAGCGGGCUGGGACCAUCGAGUGCGGGUUUUCGGGUGGAAGAAGCUGCAACCACUGGCUGUGCUUCAGUACCACACUGACCAGGUGCUAAGCGUGGCCUUCUCUGACCACCAGGACCCCAGACAAAGACUGCUGGCUGCUGGAUCCAAGGACCAGCGGAUUAGCCUGUGGUCCAUAUACAACGAGGGAGCUGACACCGGCUGAGCCUCUGAGCUCUGGAUGAUAAAUCAGAUAUUUGAACUUUUAAUCAAUACUUCCUUAACUCUCGUCUACACUGAUGUUGGUGUGACCAAACUGGUGUCAGCGGCCAACAAUUCAGUAACAGUCCAGAUAAAUGGUUUGAUAUCUGGACAUAUGGACUGUGUAUAUUAUGUUCAGCUGUACUAGCCUCUUGAUAUUGAGGUCCUGCAUUGACGUCACCGUCUAGCGCCAAGCGAUAUUGACGAGAAGAAGAAUUGCGCAAGGCCUAUAAAUAGCAAUGGCUAAUUCAUUUUUUUGUCAUGAAUCAGUUAUUAAAAUUGUCCGGUUUCCACCUUCUGACCACUGGUCUAAUCUGAGCUCUUAAGAGCAAGACAGAGUAGUAAAAUAAGGGAAAUGCAUUUGUGUGACACUUAACACUGCCCCUGCUCAGUUAUUUGCAGUCUUUAAAUAGUAGCUUACGCACGGAACCUGAGCUCGACUUUAGUGACAUCUGGAUCUAUUGACCUGGUGAAUACCUGCUAAGGUAAUUUAAAAAAAAAAAAAAGAAAAACUAAGUCAUAAGUCUGUUUCUUAAUUAGCUAAUGUGACUAACGUUACAGUCAACGCUGCAUCCUGCCUUAACUGAUUUGAUUUAGUUCUUAUACAUGCUAGAAGGACUGAGAGUAGCAUUUUCUGCCCACCAGUAUGGCAGCUAUUGGAGGCUGUGACGUCAACUGCAGGACCUCAAUAAUGAGUGUGCAAUGAAUGUGAAGUUCAGACCAAGGCCUUAUUUUCUCGGAUAGACCUAUAUUGACAUAACACAGUAUUUCCACUGUGUAUACAAAUGUAAACACCUCUUUAUAUAUGUCAGAGCUGGACAGGCAGACACAUUCUAACCUACAAUGUGAGGCUAAUGAAAAUGUCUGAUAUAUUUCAAAUAGUUAAUUAGGCACUUGCUGACUUUUUCAGCCUACUGUUUGCUAAAGCCUUUUGUGAUGCUCUGUCAACUAUGUGAUUGUGUUGACUUAUCUGAUAGGAGAUUUGCUCCAGUGGAUUUGAAUUUGAGGUAUACGAUACACCUGAGCAGCUAUGUAAUCUUGUGUUGUUAUUCUAGCAGGUUUUAGCUUAACCCAGCGGCCCUCCAGCCUGACCUGAGCUGUAUUUGUUAAACAAGGUUAAUCACAGCAGGGACAUAAAGAACAGAGCUGUUGGUUUACAGGAGGUGCUGAUCUGCAGAUGCUCUCCUUGGUCAGCAUUAUCUGUUUAUAAGCUGAUUUUAAAAACAAAACAAAAACUAAUUAAACCUUUUUACAUGUACAUUAACCUAACCAUCAAGCUGAAGAAUUUCAUGAGUAAAAAAUAAGAAUAAAAUAAGAUGUCAGCAUUUGCAUGUUAAAAUAAGACCAUUGUUAACUUCUACAUUUACUUCACAUGUAAUGCCAAAUACAGAUGUCUUUUUAAGAAACAGACAUUUGUCAGGAACAAGGCAAAGGGUCUUGUUGUGAAAGUCCCAGAGAAAAUAGAGAGGUGUUGUUUUUCUGUCCACUGUCUCUAAUAAUAUCUCUGAGUCAAUGAGCAGCAUGGGAGCUCAUGUGUUACAACACCGUGCCGAGAGGCCGGGGGCCAGGGGCUUCAAACGCUAGAUGUUCUGCUUCAUAAAGGCUUUGUCUCCUGGGGUGACCCCAAGUUGAGAAGCUCAUCAUGCUGUACAGGAAAGGCCUGAGAAAUCAAAGAGCCAGACUAGCAUAAUGGCCACGAAUCAUUAGUGAACAGAGGAAAGACGAGGUCAUUUGCUCGACAAGCUGCCUUGCUGUGACGCUACUAUCAUUGAAAAAAGUGUGUAACUGCAGGUUUGGUUGGUUUCCUUGCAUGUAUUCAAAGUUAUGUUUUGGAUGUUUGUACUUGGAACUUGUUGAAAACCCUUUUGACAUUGUUUUAGAAAUACAUGCACUACGAGCUUUU